UGUAAUUCAAGUGAAUAAAAUAUAUGAAAUAUAUUAUACAUAUAAAUGGUAUCUCAAUACCAUAAAUUUGAUUAUGGAUGUCAAUACAGAAGAAUUUAUCUAUGAAGAUUCUACUCCUAUAAAAAAUAGUAAAGGAAAUAUUAGGGAAAACACAACAAAUGGCUAUGUAUCAGAAGACACUAACUGUACGGCCAGUUCGAGUGAAUUAUUUUCAGAUAAUGAGAAUGAGAAUGAAAAUAAAAAUGAUUUAAUAUAUCAUACACCUAAUGUUUCAAAAGCUGAUACUUCGUUUUUGAAUAUUUCUGAAACGUCUUUAUUAGAUACCAAUAAAUUAUUCCAGACUUCAAGCGUUGAAAAACCAGCAGUUAUUCCAAGUACACCAUUAGGUUUAUUACCAUUUAUAUCAAAGAUUAAUGAGCAAUGGACAUCGGAUUUAGAGACACCUGAAAUGAAUAAAAAUUUUCCUACAAAAUCAUCAGAGAAGAUCGAACAAAAUAAUUAUUUAAAAGAUUGUACACCAAAUAAUUCAAAUAUUAAGAAUAUUUUUGAUGAAUGUACUUCAACGUCUCCUGUGAUAAAUUAUACAAGAGUGAGACGAAGAACUAAAAGAAGAAUUUUUAAGAAUAUUUCAUCUAACGUAAACGUYGAUAAUAUUGCAUUGAAUAAUCAAGGUAGUGAAGAAAAUGAUAUUGUAGCUAUGGAUACAUUAGACGAUAUAGAGAAGAAAAAUAUUUUUUUAGAAGGUAAUAGUGCACAAGAUUUUUUCUCUGAUGCUUCUUUUGCCAGCGUAGAUCAAAUUUGUGCACAAUUCGCUGAAAAUAAUGAUAUGCAUAAUAUUAAAAGUAAUAAUAAAAAGAGGCGUUUCGAAGAAGUAUCAAAAGAUAAUGUUACAGUAUUAAGAGAAAAUUAUAAUGUAGAUAAAGAUGAGCGUGAUGAAAAGAAAAUAUUGAAUAGUAAUAUUAGAAUAACAAAUGUGACAAUGAAUAAUAUAGGAUUUUCUACGGCAAGUGGAAAACAAAUUAAUGUAUCAGANUCUUCUAUAUCCAAAGCAAAAUCUUUACUUGAAGCAGAUGACAUCACAUCCUUAACGAAUAUUCAAUUAAACAAUAACAGUAAUUUACGUAAUAAUCAUAAAAUAAAAAAUCUAUCAUCUUCUUUUGCAACAGUAGAUGAUCGAUCAUUGAAUAUUUGCAAUGAAACAUUAUCCAAUACGAAGAAAAUGCUGUUUGAACAAUUGGRUGACGUUCAAAUUAAUAAGAACGUUAAAAAUGAAUUAAAAGAACCAGUUGAGUCACUAGAAGAUUCAGAAGAUAUUAACACAAAUUUAAAUGAAUCUGUUUUAAAAAAAUACAAAGUUUCAAAAAUUGGAUUUACCACCGCAGCAGGACGUAAAGUUAUUAUUUCUAAGGAAGCAUUGAAUAAAGCCGAAAAUGUUCUUUUUGAUGAUACUUCCGAUAUUAAUCAAUSCAAUAAUUUGUCUAACAAACCUAUAAAUAAACGAAAGAGUUUAAACAUGUGUGAUAAUUCUACAGGUAAAUUAUUAUGUAMUACAAAGAAAGUAAGRCUGUCURAUACAGAUGUUAUAGAAGAAAAAGAAAAUCAAAAGUUUUAUGAUAAUACAGAAACUAUUAACCGAAGUAAUACUUUUUCUAAUGAAAUAAUGGCUAGUACAGCUGCACUCUUAGCAGAUGAAAAAGAUAAUGAUCAAACCAUGGAAUGGGUUUCUCAAGUAGAUAAUUGUAAAAAGGAAGUACCGUCUAGUCCUAUUAUCGGAAGACAACCUACUACACGAAAGAGGGGCAAAAAGAGGCGUUUACAGURUAGCAUGAAGCAGAAUUUGAAACUAAUGAUUAAAGAUGAUACAAUUAGUGAUAUUAAUGAAGAAAGUGUUAAAUGCAAUAAUACUUCUGARAACGAACUUAUAUCGAAGCAAGAAAUAAAUUUAAAAUCUAACAUKGAUCCACCAAUYGAUAAUAUCACAGAUAUUUUACAAAAACGUCUUGAAGCUAUUUUAGAACAAGAAAAUAUAAUUAAAGGGAAAAAGCUUGAUAAACCUAAAGCUAUUAAAGGUAAAUUGUUGUUGUAUAAAGAAGAAAAUCAUAAUAAUCGGUUAUCUUGGAAAAAACUUGUGAGGAAUGACGUACCAAAUCUAUGCACUCCCGAAGAGCUUAUAGAUCGGGGUAUAUCAUCAGAAAUAUUAACAAUUACAUCUACUACAGCUUUAUCAUUCAAAUUUCGCUGUAUUGAUUUUUAUGGAGAAGAAAUCAUUUCCAAUAAUUCAAAUGGAUUAGAGAUGGAAGAUGGUGGUUAUCUAAUACCAGAUAAAGAUAAUUAUAUAGGAAUUAGUGAGAUUAAACGAUCUUUUCUAGCAAGUCCAGGAGUUGAUCCGAAUCUUAUUCCUAGAGAUUGGAUUGAAAAUCAUUACAAAUGGAUUAUUUGGAAAUUAGCAUCUAUGGAUAGAAUUAAAUUUAAUUGUAUUAUUAUACCUAGGUCAUUGACACCAGCUAACGUUAUGCUACAACUUAAAUAUCGUUACGAUCGUGAAAUCGAUAGAUUGCAAAGGCCAUGUUUAAGAAGGAUAUUGGAAAAAGAUGAUUGUGCAUUCAAACGAAUGGUUUUAUGUGUAUCAUCUAUCACUGAGGCCAAAGAUGACCAAAACAAAGAAACUAGUCAAAUAGUAUCUAACAUAAAUUAUUGGAAAAUAAUAUUAACAGAUGGAUGGUAUAGCAUUCCUGCUUCUAUUGAUACAACCAUGAUGAGUUAUAUAACAUCUGGAAAAAUACGCGAGGGUACAAAAUUAAUGAUAUUUGGAGCAGAGCUGUUGAAUCUUGAUCAGGGUUGCACUCCUUUAGAAAUUCCACACGAUGUAUCAUUAAGAAUUCAUACCAAUUCAACCAGAAGAACUAAAUGGGAUACUAAAUUAGGGUAUACACAUUGUCCUGGACCUAUGCUAAUUAAGUUAAAAAAUGUGUGCCCUAAUGGUGGUUUAGUUGGCAAACUUAAAGUUAUGAUUACUAGAACAUAUCCUAUGUUAUAUCAUGAAAAAAAUCCUUCUGGAGAAUCUAGUAUGAUAGAAUUUCAUAUU